AUGUCAGCUAUUGACUUUUCUGAAUUCUCCGAGUACCAAAUUCGCUCAUCACUUGGGAAAGGUGCAUUCGGAGAAGUGUCCAUGAUUCGUACAAGAAAUUCCAGAUUCUGUGCGAUGAAAGAAUUCUCGAAAGAGAAGGCUUACAUGGCCAAGAAUGAGUUUGAGAUUCAUUCUCUAGUUGGCUCCACCCAUAAACAUCAGAAUGUUUGUGAAAUAUUCGCGAUGACUGAGGAAAAUGGGGUACCCCGGAUGUUCCUAGAAAUGGCUUAUUGUGGGGACCUCAGUACUCGGAUUUAUGGUGAUGGAAUGCCGGUACAGUAUGCUCAGAGAUAUUUCCGGCAGUUGAUUGCUGGAUUAGAGCAUGUACAUGGUCUUGGUGUGGCUCAUCUAGAUAUUAAGCCACUGAAUUUGCUGAUCAAAACUGAUGGAACUCUGAAAAUCAGCGAUUUCGGGCUCUCAGUGAAGUUCAUCGGCGAUGACGGCGUGAAGUUGUGGGUCCGACCGGCUGGAACCCGCGCAUACUGGUGUCCGGAAGGCAUGGUGCAUCCCUACAUAGAUGGAGAAGCAGCAGACAUCUGGUCAGCCGGCAUAUGCCUCGUGGAGAUGCUCAUUGGAGACGUUCCAUGGGAGGAACCAACAGAAAAGGAGCUACAGUAUGAAACCUGGCUGAUGAAUGAUGUGAUGGACUGGGAUAUUGACGAUGAUGUCUUUGAUUUGCUGGAAAGAAUGCUCGAAGUCGACACCCCGGCACGUGCCACAAUUAAGGAGAUCAAGAAGGAUGCAUGGUUCCAGAAGGACUACAGUUAUCUGGAGAGGAAGAGGACGAACAAGAGGAAGUUGGUAGAGGUGGAAGUGGAGGAAGAGAACGUCCAACCAGCCAAACGGAAGUGA